CUCCCGGAACCAGAGUUGGAUUUGCGAUUGCACCUACAGAGGUUUGUUUGUUCGGGUCGAUUGUAUGAGUUCCCCGUUGCCAUGUUCUGAGAUCUGAACCCAUGACAUGAGAACUGAUUGACAAAUGAUGAUUUUGUGAAUCAAAGUAGAAAGUAGUACCACCGUUUUAGAAUAGUUCUACUUUUCUGCAUAUUUUCCUACUGGCGAAAUUCAAGUGUGUGCUUGGGGGUGCCCGGAAGAUGGAAUGUAACUGCAAAAUUCAACUACGCAUUUUGGCAAACACGCUGAUGGGGUACUUCAGAUGAACCAAGAUUAGACCACUGACACCGGUUUUUACCAAGUUUUUAUUUGUUUACUCUUGUGCGUGUGCGUGGGGGGCGGGUUAGCUGGUUUACUAGUUUUACCAAGAUAAUUCAUAAACUACUCCGGAUCAAGGCUACAUCAGCAUUGACAUUAAUGAGAUAAUAAACUGUGUUUAAUAAGAUUGGCGACAAUGGAAGGCCUCUCCCAGUUAGAUUAUCUGAAACGCUUUGAUGUAUGGUCCACUGUGGAAUCUUUCUCUCAUCCUAUGGUCAACUCUUGGGUUCUCACAGCCUCAUUUGUCAUACUAGCUGGAAACGAUUAUCCUGAUGUAGUUUGUCCCCUUGCUUAUUUCACUCUGUUAAAAGAUUGUGGCUUUGUCAGGUCACUCUAGUUUAGAAUAUUGUUGGCGAGGCAUACCCAAUUCUUGAUUAACAAGCUGACUUUGUCUUAAUCAGCAUGGUCCCAGCUAUCAGUUACUAGCGAUAAUACGAGAAAAAUAGGGAACCGAUAGACAGGAUAGGAAGCACCUAUCUGAAAUAGAAAUUUAACACGGUAGAAGAUAAUGUACAACAAGGGGAUAACACUUGAACGGAAAGAGAUAUGAAGUGACCUGCAGAUGGCAUACAGUGACACAAAAGUGUCCACAUAUAGCACAUACUAAUCAGACAGUUGAAACAUAAACCAAUUCUGUAAGUAAGAACCGACUGCCCGUCAGUCUUUUGGACUUCAUAAUCACAUUCAGCAUCGCAUGCACGACAGACCACGCAGAUUGAGAUUAAGACAACUUGCUAAUUAAAAAUGAAGUCAUCCAUCUUGCUUAGUGCCGCUCUUCCUUCAAAAUAGCUCAUGCACAACAACCAAAGGCAGAGCAGACCAGGAUAAGCAAAGGUGACACAUCCUAGAACUCCAAUGGCUGAUGAGUCAUGGAGGUUGCCAAACUCUGUGCAGCAACUGGCUGCAACCGUGCAAGAGCCGCCGAGCCGGUACUUGCUUAGAGAGCAUGAAGAUCUUGGCGGGCACCUGGCUGGUGCCGAGUUACCAGAGCUGAUCCCAACCAUAGAUCUCGACCUACUAUCUGCAUCCAACGAUGCAGAGGAAGCCACCAAGCUGCGAUCUGCGUUGCAGAGCUGGGGAUUCUUCAAGGUUUCUAACCAUGGAAUGGAGACCUCUUUGAUGGAUUCUGUGAUGACUGCAUCAAGGGAAUUUUUUCACCUACCACAUGAAGAGAAGAAAAAAUGCAGUAACCUGAUAGGAGGGAAACAUUUCCAGGUAGAAGGGUAUGGAAAUGACCAGGUGAAAACUCAAGAUCAGAUUUUAGACUGGUCUGAUCGUCUGCAUCUUAGAAUUGAGCCAGAGGGUGGGAGAAACCUUGCACAUUGGCCAACACAUCCCAAAUCUUUCAGAUUCAACUACGUCCCGCCGUGUCCAAGACCUGAUCUUGUCCUGGGCGUCAAGCCUCACGCGGAUUUCUCUGUUCUCACGGUUCUUCUCAUGGACAAAGAUGUCGCUGGGCUGCAAUAUCUUAGAGAUGGAAUCUGGUACAAUGUUCCAGCUGUGUGUAAGCACACCCUGCUGAUCAACAUUGGUUUUGCAAUGGAGAUAAUGACCAACGGGAUCUUCACAGGGCCAGUGCAUAGAGUUGUGACUAAUGCCGAUAAAGAGAGGAUAUCAGUGGCCAUGUUCUAUGGUGUGGACCCUGAUCAAGAGAUUGGGCCAAUAGCUCAUCUGUUGAGUGAUGAGCAACCGGCACGGUACAGGAAAAUGAAGGCCAAGGACUUACUAGUCACGCAACUUGAACAUUUCUCUCAAGGCCGAGGAGCACGAAUAGCCGAUGCAUUCAAGAUCUAAGUGAGAUAACUGUACUUUCAUGCCACAGUACCCAUUGGAAAGUAAAUAAUUGAUGAACUUACAGAGGAUGAAUCUGGUUAAAAUGAAGAAUUAGUCCGGUUUAUGUUUGAGUUUGCAUAAAUACGCUCUGUGAACACUUCCAUAUUCUCUUAUCAGCUCAGUGUCCCUUCCCUUCCUUCUUCUGUACUAGUUUUUUUUCUUAAAAACAUAUAAAUCAUAUCCCCAUGAGUGAAUAAAUCAUUUUUAUGAUGUUCAAA